UACUAAGGCAGAACGCUCAUGAAGUAGCAACUUAAGUGGCAGUGUUUAUUCUGAAAUCUUCAGGCAGCUAGACUGUUUCAGGCAAAUCUGGAUAAAAUAGUCCUUAUCCAGGUUUUUGUCUAAGGAAUUACGAGAAGACCAGAGAAUGGAGAGACAGCAAAGGUUUAUGUCAGAGAAGGAUGAGUAUCAGUUUCAACAUCAGGGAGCAGUGGAGCUGCUUGUCUUUAAUUUUUUGCUCAUCCUUACCAUUUUGACAAUCUGGUUAUUUAAAAAUCAUCGAUUUCGCUUCUUGCAUGAAACCGGAGGAGCAAUGGUGUAUGGGCUAAUAAUGGGAUUAAUCAUACGAUAUGCUACAGCACCAACUGAUAUUGAAAGUGGAACUGUGUAUGAUUGUGGAAAACUGGCCUUCAGUCCAUCAACUCUGCUGAUUAAUAUCACUGACCAAGUUUAUGAAUAUAAAUACAAGAGAGAAAUAAGCCAACAUAACAUCAAUCCUCACCAAGGCAAUGCUAUACUUGAAAAGAUGACAUUUGAUCCAGAAAUCUUCUUCAAUGUUUUACUGCCACCAAUUAUAUUUCAUGCAGGAUAUAGCCUGAAGAAGAGACACUUUUUUCAAAACUUAGGAUCUAUUUUAACAUAUGCCUUCUUGGGAACUGCCAUCUCCUGUAUCGUCAUAGGGUUAAUUAUGUAUGGCUUUGUGAAAGCUAUGGUAUAUGCUGGCCAGUUGAAAAAUGGAGACUUCCAUUUCACCGACUGUUUGUUUUUUGGUUCACUGAUGUCUGCUACAGAUCCAGUGACUGUGCUGGCCAUUUUCCAUGAACUGCACGUCGACCCUGACCUAUACACACUCCUGUUUGGGGAGAGUGUGUUGAAUGAUGCAGUGGCCAUUGUCCUUACAUAUUCUAUAUCCAUUUACAGUCCCAAGGAGAAUCCAAAUGCGUUUGAUGCUGCAGCAUUCUUCCAGUCCGUGGGGAAUUUCCUGGGGAUCUUCGCUGGCUCGUUUGCAAUGGGGUCUGCAUAUGCUGUUGUCACAGCACUGUUGACCAAAUUUACCAAGCUGUGUGAGUUCCCUAUGCUGGAAACAGGCCUGUUUUUCCUCCUGUCUUGGAGCGCCUUCCUGUCUGCUGAGGCUGCCGGCCUGACAGGAAUAGUCGCUGUUCUUUUCUGUGGAGUCACCCAGGCACAUUAUACCUACAACAAUCUGUCAUUGGAUUCCAAAACGAGGACUAAACAGCUGUUUGAAUUUAUGAACUUCUUGGCUGAGAAUGUCAUCUUCUGUUACAUGGGCCUGGCGCUGUUCACGUUCCAGAAUCAUAUCUUUAAUGCUCUUUUUAUACUCGGAGCCUUUCUGGCAAUUUUUCUUGCCAGAGCCUGCAACAUAUACCCCCUCUCCUUCCUCCUGAAUCUGGGCCGAAAACAGAAGAUCCCCUGGAAUUUUCAGCACAUGAUGAUGUUUUCAGGUUUGAGAGGAGCAAUAGCAUUUGCCUUAGCUAUUCGGGACACAGAAUCUCAGCCCAAACAAAUGAUGUUUACCACCACGCUGCUCCUUGUGUUCUUCACAGUCUGGGUCUUUGGAGGAGGAACAACCCCCAUGCUGACUUGGCUUCAGAUCAGAGUUGGUGUGGAUCUGGAUGAAGAUCUGAAGGAGCCCACCUCACACCAGGAAUCAAAUAACUUGGAUAAAAACACAACCAAAACAGAGAGUGCUUGGCUCUUCAGAAUGUGGUACAGCUUUGACCACAAAUAUCUGAAACCAAUUUUAACCCACUCUGGUCCUCCGUUGACCACCACGUUACCUGAAUGGUGCGGGCCAAUUUCCCGGCUGCUCACCAGUCCGCAGGCCUAUGGGGAGCAGCUAAAAGAGGAAGAUGUAGAAUGCAUUGUGAAUCAGGACGAACUGGCCAUGAGUUACCAGGAGCAAGCCACCUCACCCUGCAGUCCUCCUGCAGGGCUGGGUCUGGAACAGAAAGCUUCACCGCAGACUCCAAGCAAAGACAACAUUUACGAGGGGGAUCUCGGCCUAGGAGGCUACGAACUCAAGCUUGAGCAGACUCCGGGUCAGUCCCAGCUGAAUUAGUGGUGAACAGUGCAGACGUAAUCACAAGUAAUGCCAGGCUCACUGAGAGAUACAAGCCAAGCUGGGGAGGCAGCAUGGGGAAUAGAAGCUGGAAAAUGCAGUAAGAGCACAAAUUGAAGAGAAUCAAAACCUUGUCACAAGUAUCCUCUGGUGCCUAAAGAAAUGAGAAUUUAUUAUCACCCCUCUCUAUUAUGCAACUGAAUUUAAGUUUUUGACAGCAGCCAUUUUUAUUAGCGACUUGGGUGGGGUGGGAAGGGCAGAGAAGCAAGGGAGUCAGGAGUCUCGCUGCUGCUAAGGGAGGAACAGAUACCCUUGUGUCUGAGGGGUUUCCGUUCAGUAGGCAGCUCUCCAGGCCUUCGCUUCAAUUUUGGAUUUCAUUCCCUUCAUUAGGGAGAGUUUAAAAAUAAGGAAAAAAGUUUCUGAGCAAAACAUCUGGCUUCUAAGCUGGAGGUUAUGCCAAGUUAUUUAGUACCUGAUUAUUUGUAUAUUAUAAAGACCUAGACUCCCACGUGCCCUUAAUGACCUCAGGGCUAUUUGCAAAGCCCAGACAAGGGAUCGAUACCACUGCUGAUGGCCUCACAGAAGCCGUGCCGUGUGGUGACCCACUGUUCUCAUGGGCAUUCUUGUCAAGCUGCUUCUCCCAUGGAAUGAAUCAAAGGGUUAGUUCCAGCUGGGUGUACCCUGCGCUAAAUGCAGCUCCGUUUUCCAACUUGGUAGGACCCUUCCAGAAAGAGCGGUUUUCUUUUCUCCAUACUAUAUUUUACCUGAAGAACAAAGCUCCCCGUCCUUGCUUGCAUUUGAGUCACUCCUUAGCCCUGUGGCAGGUCCCCUCUGUACGCUGAGUAAUGAGAUUCCACAGCACAGGUUGUUCUCCACGUGGCAGGAGACAGUGCAGGAGUCCCAACCCGUCUUCCAGACCCAACACCCACAGCUGAUUAGCAAGAGCAGAAGCUAGAGGAGCAGAGCCGAUGAUGCAUAGACCAUACUGAAGACUCAAGGAUGCAGCCUGGGGACUCCUCUUACAAGAUAUGGCUCAUAGCCCAUGACAGACAGACCGACACAAUAGCUUUUAAUGCAGCUGCAUGAUCUGUGCCUUUUAAGCCAUAAAGAUACCUCAAGCCUAGCUUCUCUUGAAAUACAGAUGUUAAUAUUAGACUCCGAAAAAGCAGGCUCUAGUCUUGGGUGCCCAGGCUAUGAUGGGUCUGUUUCUGAAGGAGAUAGGGAAUGAUGUCUUCCUCAGGCCCAAAGCUUAAAAAUAACAUAUGCUUUGCUAACCAGUUGUUAGGCUAUUUAACCAUGGUGGUGUCAGACACACUGCUACAUAUAUUGAUUUUCUUCCAAACACUAGGAUCCAGGGGCACAAACAGUUUUAUACCCAGCUAAGUGUAAUCUGGUCAUUCCGGGUAAAUAUGCAAAUGGCAAAGCAUGAAGUUUUCUAUUUGACCUAAUCCUAAUAAACUUUGUCAUAAAGUA